AUGUCUUCAUCAGGUGGCAGCGCACCAGGCGAGUUCGCCCACGGCAAAGUCGAUCCCAGCGAGGCCGGGAAGAAGGGUGGCUUGUCCAGUGGAGGCGGAACCAACACUGAUUCCAGUUCCACCGGUGGCACGAGCGGUGACAGCUCAGGUAGCGGAAACAGCGGAGGAAACCAAAAGGGAGAAUUUGCUCAUGGUAAGGUCGAUCCAUCUGAGGCUGGGAAGAAGGGAGGGAGCUCGUGA